ACACUGACCGACCAAUGACAUGUCAUGUGGUGCUUGCUGAUUGGUCCAGGUCAUUCGUAAAAGCAAACCCGCCCGAUCUCCACCGCGACUGCAAAAUUCAUCCCGGGCGAUAGCUCUAGCGGAAAUUUUUGGUACUUAGUUGACAGCUAUAAAACAUCAAAACAAGAUUUUUGUUUCUCUCCAAAAUUGGUGAAAAACCCGUGAAAACCAAUGCAAAUAAUGGAUAUUGAUGAAGAUGCAUCAUCCAUUUGUGAGUCUACAGCAUCGCUCACGGAAGGAUGUAGACUCCCAGUCCGGAUGAAUGGGACAAAUGAUUGGCCACUGGCUGAAAUAAUUAGUGUUAAGGACAUUAUGGGACAGCAACAGAAACUCUUCUAUGUACAUUAUGUAGACUUUAAUAAGAGACUCGAUGAAUGGGUUAGUGAGGAUUUUAUGGACACGAGAAAAGUACAAUUUCCCAGAAAAGAUGGCUCAACCACAGGACAAAAUACUGGUGUUACAACACCCAAAAAACAACCCACAGUUCCCACCACGGGAAAUACUUCGAGACCCGUGAGUCCAGUCACACCCUCCAGUGAGCUCGUCAACGGAAGUGCUGUUCUAGCGGCAGCACUACAGAAAAAGAUGAACAGAAAGCGAAAGCUGAGCACUGUUGCGCAGUUAAACAUUCCGUUGCAGACAACCCCAUCCGUGGAUGUAGAAGAGAACUCCCAAGAGGGCUCACAGCAACAAACACCCCGACAAUCUGGCAGUUUAGUGGCACACCAUGAUGAUGUGGUGACAAGAAUGAAGAAUGUAGAGAUGAUUGAGUUGGGUAUACAUCGGAUAAAACCAUGGUAUUUUGCACCAUAUCCCCAGGAAUUGUGUCAGAUGUCCUGCAUCUACAUCUGUGAAUUCUGUCUAAAGUAUCGGAAGAGCAAAAAGUGUUUAGAGAGGCACAUCAACAAAUGCAAUCUCAAGCACCCGCCCGGCAAUGAGAUCUAUCGCAAGGGUACAAUUUCAUUUUUUGAAAUUGACGGACGAAAGAACAAAGUAUAUGCCCAGAAUUUGUGUCUUCUGGCUAAACUCUUUCUCGACCACAAGACUCUCUACUAUGACACUGAUCCGUUCCUCUUCUAUGUGAUGACUGAAUUUGACUCACGGGGCUUCCAUAUAGUUGGAUACUUUUCCAAGGAGAAGGAAAGUACAGAGGAUUACAAUGUUGCAUGUAUACUCACGAUGCCACCGUUUCAACGGAAAGGAUAUGGGAAGUUACUUAUUGAGUUUAGUUAUGAAUUGUCCAAAUUUGAGGGUAAGACAGGAUCACCUGAGAAGCCACUGUCAGACCUCGGACUUCUGUCCUAUCGGAGUUACUGGGCACAGACAAUUUUGGAAAUUCUACUGGCCCAGAAGCCCACCGGAGAAUUAGAAAAACCGCAAAUUACAAUCAACGAAAUCUGUGAACUAACCAGUAUCAAGAAAGAGGAUGUAAUAUCCACACUACAAAAUCUCAAUUUAAUUAACUACUACAAAGGCCAAUACAUCAUCUCUCUGAAUCGUGAGAUAAUAGAUCAACAUAAGAAGGCAAUGGAGAAGCGAAAAGUACGCAUUGAUCCAAAAUGCCUUCACUGGACACCGAAAGAUUGGUCAAAACGGUCAAAGUGGUGAUGGCACCAAUCCCUGUUGAGACUUUUUAACGUGUUUCAUUUAUUUAAUUGUGUGUCCACGUGUCCGUAUUGAGAAAUUGUGUUUUUAAAUUCAUUCAUUGUACAUUCAAUGCAGCACUAGGUAUGCAAAUUUAAGGAUUUAAAUUUUAGUAGGAUAUUAGAUGAUAAGAAAUUAAAAAAAAAACAAAUAUGCAAAAAAUUCAAGAGUCUCGCGAAUGCAUCGCGUAGGCGGAUGAGAUUAAUUUUCAAAAGGCCGGAGAUCUUUUGACAAAAAAUUUGAGGUUAUGUUUUUUAUAACUGCAAAAAAGGACGAUUAGGAGAUUUCAGGAAUUCAUGUAUUAUAGAUGAAGAAGAAGUGAGAAGCAUAUAGAAUCAUUUACAAUCAGUGAAAAAUUCUGUCGAAUUUGUAAAAUAAAUCUUAGACAAUUAAAUUAUUUUAAUCGCCUAA